AAUAGAAAACGGGUCUCCAUUGACUGAAGAGUUCUAAUGUGUUUGAUGAUGUGACAACAAGGGGUGAAGGUAUAUCACUACAUGUAGUGGACAGAUUCAGACAGCAGUUACAGCUUGGAGCAGGACUUUUCGUGUUUAGUACUUAAUCAUGUGAUUUGCCACUGGACUAAUUAAUCUCUCUUUCAACAUUUUUGUCAUAGUCACUAAAAUGACAUCGAAUCAAAGCAGGUCAAAGCCAGUAUGGCAGAACUAUAUUGCAGACUUUGCCAAUAUGUUAAAAGCGUUCAUUGGAUCCAAUUACUUGACAGUGUCUUAUGCAUUUCUUCAGAGUGGUUUAGGGCUCGGGUUUGGUGGACUUUUAUUGAUAGCUUCGUUGACUGAUCAUUGUUGUCACUUGAUCGUAAAGACCAAGUACCAUGCCAUCGAACACGUAAUCAAACUGUAUAAGGCCAACAAAAAAUCCUCCGCCAGUUCAUCUUCUGCUGCCAGAAACAGUGGUUCUGAAAUGUUUUCCACGGACGAAGAUGAAGAAUUUGUUGUUUAUGACGUGGACGAAGUAUCCAUGAUGGAACAACAUAUGUUGAAACACAUGUCCUACGGAGAUGUAGGUCAAGUCAGCAUGGGGAAAGUAGGUCGGGUCAUUGUCAACAUCUGUAUCGGAGUGACACAGUUCUGUUUUUGUGUUGGAUACUCCAUAUUUUUAGGGAAUACCAUUUAUUCAUUAUUCCCUUCUGAAGUAUGCAAUAAUGCUAUUGCAAAUGUAGAUAAUGUUAGUUUAGUUGCCAGUGUGGAAUCGAAUUGUGAACUUCAUCAUCUUGGUCAACUGCCAAGUUCCAAUAUCAAACAUUCCAAAAGAUCAGUUGGUGCUCUUACAAAUUCUUCUUACCAAGUCCAGUUUGGAGAGAAUACAACAUUGUCGUCAUUAUUAAUGACAACAGAUUUAUCGUCAGGAAAUUUAACAGAGCUAGUGACUGGUACCAUAUCAAAUGUUUCCUUGACGACAGAGAUGCCAUAUUCCAAUGUAACAUCCUGGACCAUGGCCAAUGUGACAGGGAGUGUGAUCCAGUCCACUGCCCCGAGCUUGAAGCUGCUCGUGUUGGCUCCGCUUCCCAUUUUUCUGUUGUUUGCACUCUUCAGAAACGUUAGAAAGAUGGGCUUUAUUAGUGUUAUAGCCAACAUAUCUGUUUUCGUAGGCAGUGCAUCCGUCUUCCUUUAUUUGGUAGUUGAUUUCCACAUUCAUGACUCGGUAGUAUGGGUGAGAUGGGAAGGACUGCCUAUAUUUUUUGGAAUGGUGACUGCUGCAUUUGAAGGAAUUGGCUUGAUUAUACCAGUAGAAUCCAGCAUGGAAGGAAAUCGGCACAACUUCGGUGCCUUUCUGCACGGUGCUCUUGGUGUUCUGACUGUAAUUUUGGGUGGAUUUGGUGUUUUGGGUUAUCUCCGGUUUGGUGAAGACCUGAACCAGAUGUUGAAUACGAACAUUCCGGCCUCGAGUUGGGUAUCAAUGGCCGUUAAUAUCUGUGCAAUCUUAUCAGUGCUGUUGACAUUUCCACUGCAGAUUUACCCUGUGAUCGAAAUUUGUGAAAUCUAUUUGUUUACAGAAGGUGCUAUAUGCGGUCCUAAGAAAACGUCGUCUCUGCUGGACGAGGACGACGAGGAGUCGGAGGGUAAGGAAUCUCUCCUCCCCGACUCCAUGGAGAAAACUUCCGCAGCUCUGCCGGUCUCGGUAGCAGCCCACAUACCCAAGUCGGUACCAACAUGGAGGAGAAAUGUCUUACGAAUGCUGAUUGUGUUGACAUCAACUGGACUGGCUGUUAUUUUUAGAAAUAGUUUUGCUCUAGUAGCCGCAUUCACAGGUGCCAUUGGAAGUUCCUUGUUGGCUUACAUAUUGCCAUGUUUAUUUCAUCUAAGACUAUGUCACAGAGACCUGUCGUGGUUCAUCUACAUCAAAGAUGUCAUCAUCAUCGUCUUAGGGUUCAUGUGUAGUGUUGUCAGUCUAUACUCCGUCAUAGUACAGCUGGUGAAAAACACCACGAUUUAAAUGUCAUCCACUGAACGUUAUCCACUACUCGGCUGAUCUGUCAUUUUCUCUAGCACUGUUGUUAAUUUUUUUUAUUCAGAAUUAACAAAAUAAUUCAGUUGUUAAUUUUUUUUAUUCAGAAUUAACAAAAUAAUUCAGUUGUUAAUUUUUUUUAUUCAGAAUUGACAAAAUAAUUCAGUUGUUAAUUUUUUUUAUUCAGAAUUAACAAAAUAAUUCAGUUGAAUUUACAAUUUUCUCGAUAACAACUAGACUGAUAUUUGUAAUCAACAUUAUGUAAGUAACAAUGCAUAUUAUUGUAGUAUUUAUAUACUUCAUUUGAUUUAGUACUUUCAGAAGUAAUGAGUGAGGCUUGAUUUCUUAAUAUAGAAAUCAUUUAUUUUCAUAGCUUUAAAAUGUCUGAGGUUAAAAUUCCAGACAAAGUUAUCUCCCCUAAGGAAAUAUACUUCCUAUAAAUGUGGCUAGAAUAGAUAAUCUUAAAGAGAUUAUGUAAUAAAAAGUAUAUCAAUGGAUCAAAUACCAUAAUUUUCUCCUCUAACUCCUUGCUAGAGAGUGUCGAAAAUUUCCUCUGAAAAUUUUAAAACUCCAAUCAGAAAAUGAGAUUUCCCAUCUAAAAAUUUUGAAAAACCCAAUUGGAAAAUAAGAUUUCCCAUCUGAAUAUUUUUAAAAAAAUCCCAUCAGAAAAUAAAUGAAUUAAGUUUCCAGACAAUGAAUAAAACAGCGUCAGUACAAGUAUAUACACUUAGAACCCGUUCUAUUAUUAGCUGUUAAGAAAACGGUCUUUUGUUUUAAAGAUGCUCAAGAAAAAAAUUGGUUUUCAGUUUAAGGAUGGGUUAGGUUUUCCGUAGGGGACUUGGUCAUUAUUGUAAGUGUAUUUGUAAAGUGCUUAAAACCUCAAACUUUGCACAUGUACUGAUGUGUUAUGUACUUAUUUGACAGGGAUUUUAUCAAAACUCUUUUUGCUACAUGUACCAAUAAAUUCCCAUUUUGACACAAAAAAUGAAAUUUCAUCUUUCGCAUGUGAAAAAUUCCCUUCAACUGUACAAAACUCCUGAAUCCCAAAUAUAUGAUUGUACAGUAUAUGAAGUUUCACAAAAUCCUUUUUAUAUAUUUUAUCAUUCUGUAUUUUUCUCAAAGGCAAACUCCUCUUUGGGAGUUCACACUGGAAUCCUCAAAAAAAAAAUUAAAUAUGAAGUGGUUAGUAACAUUUAAAAGCUGGAUAAGAUCGCAAGUCAUGGACUGUUGGUGCUCUCCGUUAGUACCGUCUGUCACGGUAAUUAUUUCAUUAUUGUCGCUAUAAUUAAUACUCUUAAUAUAAUGAUAUGCAAGAAACACGUUACUAUUCAUGGUUUCGAUAGAAACUAGCAUGAUAGCGUAGCUGAUUGAUAAUUAGUCAUGAAGUUGUUUAUUUUUUUUAUCAUUUAUCAGAGUUUUUUAAAACUUGGUCCACAGAUUUUGUCCACCAAAAAUCACCUCAGACCCGUAUGAAGUGUCAGAACAAUUCUUUGUAUGGACUGGUAAAUUUGUUCAAAUGUCCAGCAUGCAAGAAUCAGAUUUCUCUGGUUUAAUGAUGGGUUUCUAACUUAAAGAAGAUUUUGUAAAACAUUUCAAAUUUUAUGGAUGAAAUUUUCAGACCAAAAUGCUUGUAAAUUGUUCUAGAGAAUUUUCUUGGUUAUAGUUUGACAGCAGUGUCAUCGAGACUUCAUUUGAUAAAAAGUUAUACAUAUGUUUAUUCUGAGUGAAUGCUCUUAACUUAUUUUUUAUAUUUGUCAAAUAUUUAUUAACUCAAUUUUAUUGUUACAUAUUAUGGGUAAUAGAAUUCAUUGUUAUAUACAUGUAUUGGCAAGAUUAGGACUUAAAUCAAAGGUUGUGCAAUACCAGUUGUUUUUUAUACCGCAGUGCUGUUUAUAUUAAGGAUGAAUGACACUGUGCUGUUAUUAAGGAGGAAUAGCACAGUGCUGUUAUUAAGGAUGAAUAGCACAGUGCUGUUAUUAAGGAUGAAUAGCACAGUGCUGUUAUUAAGGAGGACUGUUUUUAAAUCUAUCACCUGUCUGGUCAACUCCGUGGAUUUAAUAAGGAGAAAUAACACACCUGAGAAAUCUUAUAUAGAUGGAAAGUGGAGAAUAUGUACAAUAAUGUUUUGAAAUUGUAACUUUUAGAUUUAGUUUAUUUAGUUUAAAAAUACAGUGUUCAAGAAAGUAAUCUGGAAAAACUUAAGCCGUGCUAGACUCAAACCCAUGAUCUACAGAUCAGCAAUUGAUAUGUUUACUUGUUAACCUACUGAACCAUCCAGCAAGGCAAUUUGAUUUCAAAUUUGCUGAUAUUUAUAAAUUAAUUCAUGUAUCAAAAGGAAGUCGGCCAUUAUGAUGAUGUGUUAUUCCUCCUUAAGGCAUAGACUGGCAAUCAAAAGAUUGUGUUUUAGAAAAAAAAAUUCUUAUUGAGUUUGUACUUUUUUUGGCCACAUUGGGCAUUUAAAGUCUCCAAUGCCACAAUAUCCUACAGUUUUCAUUCAGACAGUUUGAUAUGUGUUAUUCCUCCUUAAUUUGUAUGAGCACAAACUGUAGCAGUAAACCAAUACAAGAUUUGUUCCCUGAGUGAUGUACAUGUAACAAGUACCUGUAUACACAAAGUGGACCACCAGUGGUUAUCAUUCAUUUACAGAGCACUUUGACUGACUUUUAUUUAUUGACUUCUGUGACUUAUUUUAUCUUUGGUAGAACAUACUGUAUGAAUGCCUUGUACUGUAAAACAGAGUUACAGUGAACAUGCCUAUAAUGAAUUCACACUUAUAGUGAAACGAUUUUCAUUUCCUGCAGUUUUAAAACAACACAUUAUGAAGUCAUUGGAUAUAAUGAAUUAAUUUGAUAGCGAAUCAAAAUCGUUGCCCCUCCCCCCAAAGCAUUUCACUAUAAGUAAGUUUUAUUGUGAUACUAAUGUAAUACGUGUAUUUACUUUAUUGUAUUUAUGACACUGUACAUCAUUUUUAUUGAGAUGAAUGAAUGCACUUUUACAUCUACAUGUAGAAUGAAUGUUUUUAUGUUUUAUUGAUGUUUUUUGCUUAGCAGUUUAUACAGACAUAAAGCAAAUGUUAUACAUGUAUUACUGAGAAACUCAUGACUGUGGCAAUUUGGUGACUAACUGAAUUCCUUUCUUCAUGAUUUCACUAAAACUUUGUUAUAUGAUAGUUUAAGAAUGGUCAGCCUUUGAUGGGUUUUAAAAUCACUGAAUGAUAAGGUUUCUGGGAUGAAUUUCUGUAGAGUGUCAUGUGUUGAUUUUCAUUAUGUAUUCCAGAUUACAUGUAGAAGUUGAUGGGAAAUUCUGUGUCGGGUAUUUUGACUAAUUUCAUGUUUUCUUUGAUAGAGAUUUUUGCCAUUUUUCUGUAUGAUAUUAACCAACAUUAAAAUGAAUUCAAAGGCACUAAAAUAUUAAUCUGGUUGCAAAAAGAUAUGAAUCUGAUUACAAAAAGAAUCAGGUUGAAAUAUGAAUCUGGUUCAAAAAUGAAUUCGGUUGUAAUAUAAAUCUGGUUCAAAAUGAAUCUAAAUAAUUGAAAUAUGAAUCUGGUUCAAAAGUAAAUCCAAUUGAAAUAUGAAUCUGGUUAAAAAUGAAUCCCAGUUAGAAUAUGUACAAAUGCAGAGAGUGAUGUAUACAUACCAUGUGAUCAUUAUUGAUGGUGGUGGUUCAAUUUCUAAAUGCCGUCACUACUCUAACAAUCUAUCAUCAUGUAAAAGUAACAGUUGAAGAUUCAAAUUCCUUAUUAUACACAAGACCACGAUUUUAUGUCACAGCAUAGCAGUAGAAUUGUAGCUCAUCAGGAAAAAAAUUGGGAUAGACCAGAGAGCUGCAGGUCCAACCCAUCAUAAAAACCUUCAUUUUACAGCACAACUUUGUCUGUACAUGAUUCAGGUCUUAUUUUUCUGUGUCUUUACAAAGCCGCCUGAAAAUUUCAUUUCAAGAAAUUCAUAACAUAUUUAUGUUAACAUAGUUCAACCCUCCUGCGACAUCAAGAUUUCGCAAAAAUGAUUUAAUAAGAUUUAUGUAUGACAGAAACUUAAAUUUUGUUGGAGUCUUUUUCAAGUUAUUGUAAAAAAUCUUGUUAACCAUAAAUUAUUUCAAAAGUCUAAGUUAUAUUUGAAUAAUCAAUCAUGUUUUAAAAUAUUGAAUCCAGGGGCAAUAACUCUGCUUUCAUUAAAUUAUUUAUCAAGUCCGUUAUGCGAAAGAUUUCCUUUAUUUUUCACAAACAUUUUGUAUAUUUUUUCAUGAAAUUGUUAAUAUGAAUACUAUUACAUGUAUAUCAUUUUAAACAGUCUUUUUGAAAUUUUGAUAAUGAAUGCUGUUUAUGGAAAAUUGCAAUUUUCUGACGUGUGCAAACUGAUAAAAAAUUUAUUAAGAACAUAACAUACUUAUUUUAUAAUUUUUACUUGUUACUAAGAUAUAUUAUUUGAAGAAUCAACAAUCAAAUAUAAGAUUGAAUCUAUAAUUCUAGAGGAGUGGAAAUACCUUAAGUCUUAAUAUUAAAGUUCCAUUCAUCCAGAAAGCUCAGAGCUUCCUUAAAGUUUGCCUGUUUACAAAUAGCCAUGCUAGGUUGCCAUAGGUAGUUCAAACCCAGUUUAUGUUUCAAGAUUUUUGCUCUAUUUCAUAAACAAAUCUGUAUAUGUUAAGUUGAUCAACUUUGGUCUAUCUCAAUUUUUCCCUAGUGAGCUAUACAGUUCUUCUGCUAAUCCCAACUUCACACUGAAAAUCAUGCAUUUUAUAAUUUGAAUAAAUUAUGACAAGUGUCGUAUUGAAAUAUGCAAUUGGAUUCUGCGAGUAGGUGUCAUGUUUUAUGAGUACAUUGCACAUUUGAGCUCAAUAAUCAUGUGACAGUUUUUAAUGUCAUUCAAACAAGAAAAGUACUAUUUUUUUGUAAUUUUAGAAUUGUACUGAUAUUAAAGAAUAUUUUUGCUGUUAUAUUGGAAACAUUCCGCAUUUAUGAAUGCCAAAUAUGUUUAUUUCUAUCUCAUAAUAAAUCAUUGGGAGAAAA